AUGAAGCAAUUUGGCAACUCAUCAUGCAGAAACACACCAGGCAACACAUCUGUUUUGAAUCAAGUGUUGUAUGUGCGGCCGGCAGAGCCAGUGUUCCUGUCCCGCUUCAAGGAGCAGGUCGGUUACAAGGAAGGGCCCACCGUGGAGACCAAGAGAAUCCAGCCACAGGUCCCAGGCGAAGAAGGCGAUCACAGUGACAAAGAUGACAAACAGCCCCAGGUGGUAGUUUUGAAAAAGGGAGACCUGACAGCCGAAGAAGUCAUGAAAAUUAAAGCAGAAAUAAAGGCUGCCGAGGCAGAUGAAGAACCAGCUCCAGCCGAUGGGAGAGUCAUGUAUCAAAAACCAGUGAAGCACACCUCAGAUGAAAAAUACUCAGGAUGUUGAGCAUAAAAAUACUCAGUUUUAACAACAAGCUCAAAAAAGAAGAAAACAAGUGAAAAUGAAGGAAAUAAGCAGGACUCAGAGAAAAAGAACUCACAAAGGCAAAUAAAAAACAGUAGCCUUGGCCUCCUUUCUUUUGGCAAUGAAGAAGAAAAUGAGUAA